GGCGCGCGUGAGCACUUCCGGGAACCAGCACGUGGCGGUGCAAGCGGUUUCCAGCCACGUGUAGCUCUGGUAGCGUCUUAGGCUCCGCGGGAAUCUUAGUUUAUGCGAUGGCGUCUCGGUAUGACCGGGCGAUCACCGUCUUCUCCCCAGACGGACACCUUUUCCAAGUGGAAUAUGCCCAGGAAGCAGUGAAGAAGGGAUCCACUGCGGUUGGAAUUAGAGGCACCAAUAUAGUUGUGCUUGGAGUAGAAAAAAAAUCUGUUGCUAAACUUCAAGAUGAAAGAACUGUGAGGAAAAUUUGUGCUCUUGAUGAUCAUGUCUGCAUGGCUUUUGCAGGAUUGACUGCUGAUGCUAGAGUAGUAAUAAACAGAGCCCGGGUGGAGUGCCAGAGCCAUAAGCUUACAGUUGAAGACCCAGUAACUGUAGAAUAUAUAACUCGCUUCAUAGCAACAUUAAAGCAGAAAUAUACCCAGAGCAAUGGGCGAAGACCUUUCGGAAUCUCUGCCUUAAUUGUAGGUUUUGAUGAUGAUGGUAUCCCAAGAUUAUAUCAGACAGAUCCCUCUGGUACUUACCAUGCAUGGAAAGCAAAUGCAAUAGGCCGAAGUGCUAAAACUGUCCGAGAAUUUCUAGAAAAGAAUUACACAGAAGAUGCUAUAGCAAAUGACAACGAAGCUAUUAAAUUAGCAAUAAGAGCUUUGCUAGAAGUUGUCCAGUCUGGUGGAAAAAAUAUUGAACUGGCUAUAAUAAGAAGAAAUCAACCUUUGAAGAUGUUUAGUGCUAAAGAAAUUGAGUUACAAGUAACUGAAAUAGAAAAGGAAAAGGAAGAAGCAGAGAAGAAAAAAUCAAAGAAAAAUGCCUAAUUCUUAGAAUGAGCAUUAGGAGUUUUUUAUGUUUUGCUGUACUGCUUGGAGUUACUUAAUGAAGAGUUAAAAGAAAUAAGUUAGUUUGCAGUAUUACCUUUAGUACUCAAAUGUGCUACUUUGAGAAUGCCAAAUUUGUGGCUGUCUUCAGUCUUACAUAGAUUGGUGUGAAGGUUUUCUUUAGAUAAGCAGAUAUAAUUAAGAAAAAAAUUCUAAUUUUAAGAAAUGAGUAAUUUGGGUGAAGUUUGAGUAUUCACCCUCAGUUAAAGAGCUGGCUAUUCCACAAUAAAUUGAAUGUAAUACUGAGUUGCAUUUAUUUUUUCCUAGCUUAUUCUCUGUUGUUUAUUCAUUCAAGAAGAUAUUAGAAGGACUGUAUAUACAAUUAGAAAAACCAAUAGAGAGGAAAAAAACAACAGUUUCCUCUGUGCAAGCUGUAUAAGUACAAGUUGUCAACUCAGCAUCCCUUCCCACCCCUUCCUAGGAAUAAGAAUAAGAAUUGUAUUUCCAAAAUGUUCUUCUACAUAUGGUUCCAGGUUGGAAUGUACCUAUGACAUACCUUCAUCUAAAAUUUGGAAAGCAAUAAAGAAGAUGAGGUCAUUGUUCUCUGUAUGCAGCCAGCCAGCAGCAUGGGCAUAUGGCAGACCUUCAGUUCACAGCAGCUCCCUGGAAAGUUACCAUCAGUCACUCAUUUUGUAUGGAUAAUCUUCAAAGUAGCUUCCAUGGAAGCUGAUUGGAAGAUUCCCUGUGAGGUUCUUUGCACUUUCACUGCUUGGGGACACAUUCCUGAGGAAAUUACAUUGCUUCUGAUGAUUACCA